AUGAAAGCUUCGAGUUUUAUGCGAAUCCUUAGACUCACAAGUCGCAUUAAUUGCUCUAAUCUAUGCAAAUUUGAAUUCAAACCAACACACCUGGCUCAUGCUCCGCAUGUUUAUGGUGGUGGGAACGGGCCGGACCUAGCUGAUGAUAAUGGAGCCGAAGUGGUGGAAAGGCUUGUUGAGCGGGUCGAAACUUGGAUCGUCGUCGUCGAGAUGCGCUUGACAAAAUUUGGCCAAAAAACAUCGUCUUGCAGGUUUUUAUUUGUUCUGAACGGUGAUGAUGAUGUCCCCGAAGAAAGCGAACUGGGAGAAAGACUUGCUGAGGUAAUGCUCAAGCGACCUCAAUUUAUUUCACCGGUUCUUGCCGUUUUGGAGCAAGAUGAGUUCGCUGUGAGACGUAUUUCGGUUCAAUUGCUCACGUCUUUGUUACGUCAUCGAGGAACUGAGGUGCAAAAUGCGGUUAUUCAACAACCGAUGGGGGUUACGCAAUCGAGAGGUUGUAACAGCUACUUUGCGAACUUUCACGAGCACAUUUCCAAUUGCAACAAAUACUUGCCUAUGACAACGCUUUCUCCAUACACAUCGACAUUGUUGACUCUGAGCCAAUUGACAAAGACGUCGAUGAAAGCGCCGAGGGGACUAAACAGCGAACCGCAAAUUGAUUUGCCUUUUGCAGGCCAUCCGAGCUCUUGUUUCACCAGA